AUGCACUCCCUCACCACCGUCGCUCUAGCUCUUGCAGCCUCUACCGCUACUGCGGAGCUCACCACCGGCCGUGCCUUUACCCUCCAAGCUCAGUUGGUGAGCUGGGGCUCCAGCAGCCCGAGCAUUGACAAGUUUGGUCUCUCGGUCGACAGCCGCUCCGACGCUGCGCUCACUGUCGACAACCACGCUGUCUUUGCUUACAACGGCACUGCUGAGGAUAUUGAGAAGGGACUGUCUGGCAUUGUCAACACCCAAACCCAUAAGACCCUCGGCAUUAACAACUACCCCAUGUACACUCCUAAGGACAUUGCAGAGGCCCAGCCUCUGCCCGAUGGCACUUUCUACAUCGACCCUCGCCACGGCACCACCUUUCAGCGUGUCUACCUCUCUGUACCCCAGGACCCUUACUCUUAUCUGCUACCCAACCAGUUCCUUGUCAACAAGGACGGCAACACGAGAUAUAUCCAUAACGGCGACGCCAUCUUCUACAAUGUAAACCAGGACAACUCUACACUGGCUGAGGUCCGCCUCUAUCCCGUCUGUGCUGAGCCGGCUGAGCAUACGUUGGACGGGCUUACUACUAUUCCUGUUCGCUGCUACCGCCCUGGUACUCAGCCCGGUCAACACUAA